AUGCAGGCAGCUUGAUGUUAUCGAUGAGCAUGCUGUGGAGUAAAAUUUAAUAACUCAGCCAAAAUGCCUCAUCCGGAUCUUUUAUGAUUAGACAAGACAACAAAUAUAUUUGCUAAGCCAUUUUCAAGAAGGAUAUUCAAAGGGAAACUACAUCUUGUGACACGAUGUCGGCCAACUCAGGAAGCUAGCUCUGCUGUCCCGGCGAUGAAAUAUGAGUUCAGAUAUUUAAUUUCUUUAUUUUUUCACGUUUAAUGUGUUUUUUGUCAUUUUUAUUUUGACAGUACCACAUAAGAGGGAAAUGCUGGCUGAAAUGACAACAGAAUCCUACAGUAAAUGUAUGAGGCUACAAAUCCCCAUCUACCCUGACGACCAGGUUCCCACUCCUGUGGCUGAUAAGUCUCUUUGCAAUGCUAAAAUACUUCUCUGCAGUUGCUGACCUAAGAAACUGUGAAGAAGCAGGCAGCACGUGCCAUCAACAGGCCGAGUGUCUGAAAGUCCAAAGCAAUUUUACCUGUGUGUGUCGCAUGGGCUACCAGGGUGAUGGACUACUCUGCGAAGACAUUGAUGAAUGUCUCAGCGGCCUACACAGUUGUCAUCCUAACGCCCACUGCAAAAACACCAUGGGCAGCUACAGUUGUGUCUGUCUUAAUGGAUAUAUUGGAGAUGGCACCAACUGCCAGGAUAUCGACGAGUGCCAAAAAGAAAACGGGGGCUGUCACACCAAUGCCCUGUGUAGUAAUUUUGAGGGCGGAAGAAAAUGCCUAUGUAAAGUCGGCUUCAAGGGAAACGGUUUCCAGUGCACUGAUAUAAAUGAAUGCACUAACCAAAGGAUUUGCCACUGGAAUGCAACAUGUACCAACAAUCCUGGAUCUUACGUGUGCACUUGCAAUCACGGCUAUAAGGGCAAUGGAAACUACCUAUGUCUUGAUAUAGAUGAAUGUUCAGAGACUCCAUAUGUGUGUUCGUCCUCACUUGGAUACAAAGGCUGUAAAAAUCUGCCUGGCACUUAUCGCUGCACAUGCAGCAACGGCUUUGAAAGUGACGGGCAGAGCUGUGUGGACAUUGACGAAUGUGCGAGUAACAUCUGCAGUCUAUAUGCAGACUGUGUCAACAUCAUUGGUUCAUACCAAUGUACCUGUGACAGUGGUUUUGUCGGAAAUGGCCUGACAUGUGUUGACAUAAAUGAAUGCAAUGGAAAUAAUGGAUGUGACCCCAAUGCUAUUUGUAUUAACAGGCUCGGAGGUUAUGAGUGCUCUUGUCCAGAGGGUUUUGAAGGAGAUGGAAAACUCUGCAACGAUAUUAAUGAAUGUUCAACACUAGACGUCUGCCCUACCACCACUAUCUGUGUCAAUACUGGAGGGUCAUUUUAUUGUGACUGUGGUACAGGAUUUAUCUUUAAUAACUCAAAGUGCCAUGACCUUGAUGAAUGUGCUGCAGAUCGUUGCAGCCCCUACUCUCUAUGCACCAAUUCACCAGGCUCCUUCACAUGUCAGUGUGCAGUAGGCUAUAGCGGAAAUGGCUUCACAUGUGUAGAUGUGGAUGAAUGUUCAAUUGCUAGUCAAUGUCACGCUAACGCCCUUUGCAUGAAUCUGCCUGGUAACUACAACUGCACCUGUCAGGUGGGUUACUCUGGAGAUGGGGUGAUCCAGUGCAGUGAUGUGAACGAGUGUCUAGUAGAUAAUGGGGGGUGUAAAAAUAAGGCUACAUGUGUGAACAACCAAGGUUCUUUCACUUGCCUUUGCCAGUCAGGUUUUGUCUUAGUUAACCACACCUUUUGCCAGGAUGUAAAUGAGUGUGUAACGCUGGAAAAUCUGUGUGGUGUCAAUGAAGAAUGCAACAAUAUUGACGGUUCAUACGAGUGCUCAUGCCAGGUUGGUUAUUACCGCCCUGCCGCCAGCAUGGACUGUGUAGAUAUUGACGAGUGUAAAGAAAACCCUUGCCACAAAAAUGCUACAUGCCUCAACACAAUUGGCUCCCACACCUGUACCUGUAAGCGGGGUUUUGCAGCAAAUGGCAUGCAGUGUGAAGACAUUGAUGAGUGUUCAAUGGUGGACACAUGCCACCCACGGGCAAUAUGCACCAACCAUAUUGGAGACUUCUUCUGCUCUUGCUAUCAAGGUUUCAUAGGUGACGGAUUUUCCUGUCAGGAUGUGGAUGAGUGCAUCAUCUCGGAUACCAUUUGUCCCAAUUUCUCAAAGUGUGUCAACUCUCCUGGUGCACAUGUUUGCUCAUGUUUGAAUGGCACAGUCGCCCUAAAUGACACUUGUGUGCUACCCAGCCCACUAUGUGACCCUGCGUGCCAUAUUCAUGGUCUGUGCCACUAUUCACCUACUGGACACCAAUGUGUGUGUGACCUUGGUUACGUUGGUGACGGGCUGGUAUGCUCUGAUAUCGAUGAGUGCCAGAGGGAAAAACUUUGUCCUGAAAAUGACACGGAAUGCAUAAAUAUCCCAGGAUCAUAUUCCUGUGUUUGCAAACGAGGCUACUAUCUCAGUGAAACUCAGUGUGUCGAUUUAAAUGAGUGUGAAACAGGAACAGAUGAGUGCAGUGACUUUGCCCAAUGUGACAACACAAUGGGCAGCUACUUUUGCUUCUGUCUCAUGGGCUUUACGGGCGAUGGAAAAAAAUGCUCUGACUUCGAUGAAUGCCAAGUCCUAAAUGGUGGAUGCCAUAACGUUUCCAGCUGCACAAACACUGCUGGAUCUUUCAUCUGUGCUUGUCCAUUUGGAAUGGAGGGCAACGGCUUUGAAUGCCAAGAUGUAAAUGAAUGCGAGCAGAACUCCACCCUGGUACAUAACUGCAGUAUCCAGGCUUUUUGCCGCAACACAUACGGAUCAUACCUCUGCCAGUGCCAGGAUGGAUACCAGGGCGAUGGUUUUGUCUGCAAGGAUAUAGAUGAAUGCCAGGAAGACACGACUUGCAGCACAAACAUGACAUGCAGGAACACCAUCGGUUCCUACACUUGUCUGUGUAUUGUUGGCCUGGUCUAUGACAUGGGGACAUGUGUGAAUGAAGACACCUGCCUAAACCCUAGUUCUGUCUGCCACCCUCUGACUGAGUGCCACCUAUAUCAAGGUUCUUUCUACUGUCACUGUAAAGAUGGAUAUCAUGGCAAUGGCUCUGAAUGUUCAGAUGUGGAUGAAUGUGAAGAAUUACAAUAUCAAAUCUGCCCAACCUUCUCCUCCUGCUUCAACACUAAUGGCUCCUACAUAUGUAAAUGUUGGGAAGGUUUUCUUGACAAUGGGACAAUCUGUCAAGACCUGGACGAAUGUGCAAUGGGGAACUUCACCUGUCCUUACAACAGUACCUGUACCAAUGUUGAUGGUGGCUACAUAUGCACUUGCGACUCAGGGUUCUUAGGCAAUGGCUCCAUAUGUUUGGAUGAAGAUGAAUGCUCUUUUGACUUCAUCCAGUGCCCUAAUUCUUCCAGCUGCAUAAACUUAGUGGGAUCUUUCUUCUGUGAGUGCUGGGAAGGUUACCAUAAUAACGAAAGUGAAUGUGAGGAUAUAAAUGAGUGCCUUAGCAACUCUACCUGCCCUGAGUAUAGCACAUGCAUCAACACUAAUGGGAGCUUCCAGUGUAUGUGUGAUGCCGGAUUUACCCAUGUGGAGGAAGUCUGCAUGGAUAUCAAUGAAUGCAAUGAUACUAGUCAUUGCACCAAUGGGACAUGCAUGAAUACAAUGGGAUCAUAUUACUGUGAAUGCAUCACUGGAUUCCUGAGUAAUGGGACAACGUGUGUGGAUGUGGAUGAAUGCUUAAGCUCUUCCAACUUAACAGUGUGUCAGCCCCAGUCUACUUGUGUAAACACCCCUGGGUAUUACCAUUGCCCUUGUAAUGAGGGCUUCAUUCUCAAUGGUACUGAGUGUCUGGAUUUAGAUGAGUGUCAUGACCAAAAUGAUAACCUGUGCCCUGAACACUCAUUCUGUAAGAACACAGCAGGAUCCUUCAUCUGUGAGUGUUAUCCGGGGUACAGGUUAUUCUCAUUAGGUUGUGAAGAUGUUGAUGAGUGCAAAGACAACACCACCUGUCGCCUUGAUCAGGUGUGCACCAACCUUCCUGGAACAUACAACUGCACAUGUGCUUUGGGGUAUCAUGAGGAGGCAGGCAUGUGCGUUGACACCAAUGAAUGUGUCGAUUUGCCUUGCCAUUCCUUGGCACGGUGCUGGAACACCCUUGGAUCCUUUUCGUGCCGCUGCCCUAUGGGUUUUGCAGGAAAUGGCAUGUGGUGUGAAGAUGUGGACGAGUGUGUUGCAUUGACUCAUCCAUGCCAUCCUGUGUCACACUGUCACAACUCCCCAGGUUCAUACACAUGUGUAUGCAUGCAUGGCUUUAUUAGUAUUGGAACCCUGUGUGCAGAUCUUGAUGAGUGCCAACAGGCCAAUGCACAGUGUCAUACUUUUGCUACCUGCUCUAAUCACAUCGGAGGUUACAAAUGCACCUGCAGUCAGGGCUGGGUUGCGUCCAAAGACAAUGGUCACGGAGAAAGAGGAUGUGUGGACUUUGAUGAAUGUAUAUCCCCUAAUAUAUGUCCAGGGCAUACCUCUUGUGUUAAUCUACCGGGGUCUUACACCUGUUCCUGUCCAGAAAGUCAUUCAGCGUGCAGCAUGACUCAAAAGGAGAGCAACAUAUACCCUUUUGGAGCAGAAGUUGGUGAUAAAAGAAUAAACAUGGAUACAGAAGAUGGAAAUUCUCCAUACAUCAAACCACCAAUUGGUUUUCCAUUCAUGGGGAAAUUAUAUGACAGAAUUUAUUUCUCAGACAACGGCCUUGUCCAGUUUCAGUCUGUUGCUGUGAAUGAGCAGUACCUGUUUCCAGCGCCUUUAUCCACUGGUUUUCCCGAUAUGAAUGUCUCUCUUUUGGCAGUAUUCUGGGAUGACGUUGACCUCACCCAAGGCAAUGGACAGUUGUUCUAUCAGGAAUACCAUAAAUCGGAUGUAUCAGACAUGUACUCCCACAUGGUGUUCAAUCGUACAACUGAAGAUGUGUCAAAAUUUGAGAGGCAAAGAGGCAAGCCUGCCUUCAACCCUUCCUGGAUACUCAAGAUUACUUGGUAUCUUGUAAUGGCUGUGUCAUACCAGAAAAUCAAUCAGUCAGAGACCAACACAUUCCAAUGCAUUCUUGCUACGGAUGGAGCACGCUCCUUUGCCCUCCUACAAUAUGGGGACAUGAAUUGGGGUCCCGGACAGAGAGAAAAUCUUGAGGCUCUCAUUGGCUAUACAGAUGGAAAAAACAUCCACAUAGAGACCACUAUGCCCCCAGAAAACCUGUUUGGUCCAGGGGGGCGAUACAGACCACAGCAGGUGAAAGGGCCUUUGGGAAAGUUAGGCCAAUUUGUGUAUGAUUUCAAUGAAAUCGACAAGUCAUAUGCAGACCCAGGACUGAUGUGCCAGUCAUGGGCAAUGAAGGAGCCUGAACCUGCUGAAUGGACUGAAGGGCUACCCUCGUGUCCUUGUGCUCGCACUCAGGCUCUGGAAGACUUGUCCUUCUUGCAGGAUACUGCUAACCAUGGAGAAAAGUUGACAACUUUGAGGAAUCAGAGAUGGGUUGGUGCAGGGGGCCACAUCUUCAAGUCAAUUUUGUCCCACAAAGAAUCAGGAAAAAGAUGUGUAUAUGAUCCAGAGGGACCACUGCUGGCAGGUUACAAUGAACGUUACUUCACAAGUCGAAGAAACCAAAAGCAUAUUGAUGAAGAUCUCUUACCUUUCCAAUGGUGUUGCGUUGAGUCUCCCCUCUGCCACUAUUAUCUCAGCAAGCGCCCUCUGGACCGUUGCAAUGGCUACAGUUGGGUUCGUCUAGAGGGCAGCAAGCCAGCCAGCAGUGCAACAAAGGGAAUCGCAAUGGUGUAUGGGAGCCUCCACUUCAUCACCUUUGAUGGGACAGAAUACUCCUUCAAGGCCCUAGGAGAGUUUGUGAUUGUGCGGCUGUCUUCCAACACUGGAUCUAAUAUAUUCACUUUGCAAGGACAGACUGAGAGGCUACACACAAACACACAAGGGAAAAGUGACUUACCAGUGGUGGUGCGCAUGGCUGCCUUCUACCAGGGCAUUGGCAAGGUUGAAUGGAGAUGUGCAGAGAAAGGAAAAGGACUGCGGGUGUUUGUUGAUGAAGCUGAAGUAUUCAUCACUGUUGGUGUAGUGCACGUAGGGGAGAGAGACUUUGCUGUACGCUGUAUCUCAGUGGAUCGUUGUGCAGCUGUGUACACUGGUGGUCUGCAUGUGCUUGUGUGGCGUGUGGAAGGCCACAAACAGUUGGCAGCUAUGGUGGAAGUUCCCCAGACCUUUUACAACCGAACUGUGGGCCUAAUGGGCCUCUGGAGUUCUAACCGCUCAGAUGACUUCCUUAUGUCUGAUGGCAGGCGCAUGUCCUCGCAUGAUUUCAACCCGCCGUCGGAAGAAAAGCUGCAUCAAUUUGGGCUGUCUUGGACUGUCCCACAACCAGAGAGCCUGCUGUUUUCUUCGUCUGCACUUGUUCCACUUGAACCAGUCUCUUUCAAAGAGUUGUAUGAAGGCUUCAGUCCUGAUGUGGUGGUGAAGCUAAGAAAAACCUGCCAAGGCAGCAGGCCGUGUGUCCACGACACCCUCGCAUCCGGCAGCUCAGUUCUGGGCCUUCAAACCUUGAAUGCUGAAAAACAGUACAAAAAUUUGGCCCUAAUCUAUGGUAACGCACCUCCAAUAGUGACAGAACCUACAAUGAUCCAUGCGGAAGUGAACUCUACAGUUAAUAUCCGGAUCAUUGCCCUGGACCCAAAUGAAGAUCCUAUAACCUAUUCACUACUCUUCCCAAGACCUCCACAGGCCUCCAUUGGCAGUGGUGAUGGUUUCUUAUCCUGGAGACCCCUUGGCACUGAGCCUGUCCAGCUUACUAUUAAGGUCACAGACAGACUCUCCAGCUCAUUGUUUACCCCCAUUCUGCGAAUCUGCAACUGCCUUAAUGGAGGGACUUGUCAGUAUGACAGCGUCACGGAAAACCAUCUUCAGGGAAAGUUCCAGGUGUUGGGAUGCCUUUGCCUUAAAGGAUUCAGUGGGAAGUUUUGCGGAACGGUUGCAGACCCAUGCAUAGGCAAGCCAUGUUACCGAGGGGUGCAGUGCCAAUCUGAGUCACACCCGAAAGAUUUUACCUGUGGACAAUGCCCGGAUAAUACAGUGACAAACAGAAAGCAGGGAUACAAGUGCUUUGAGCAUGACAUGUGUAUGCCUCCUUUCCCUUUCCCGUGCCACAAAGAUGCGAUUUGCUCCAGCACAAAACAAAACUACACGUGCACAUGCAAGCCUGGCUUUUUCGGAGAUGGAAUCAAUUGUACAGAUAUCGACGAAUGCGCUGAGCUGUCAGCCUGUCCGAAUGCCAAGUUUGAGUGUAAGAACAAACCAGGCUCUGUUGACUGCUUCUGCAGAUAUCAGGACACAAGAGAGUCUGAUGGUUGUGGUGACGCUGGCAAUCCUCCAGGGGGUAAUGUGUUCAACGUUUCUGUGGACUGGAGGAGGAACAGAGCAGAUGGACUCGAGCAGCUGGUUGACAUCCUGUCCAUGGGCUUCCAGAACAAAUUCUACAACGCCAGCAGGAAGAAUCCAGGACAGAGCUCCGGUCCACGCCUGGUUGAAUAUCGCAUCAACGUGUCCAGUGACACACCGCACUGGUACAUCAGGGACUACCUGGCCAGUGUCAGCAGCCACUAUGACAUCCGCUCCAUAGAAGUUGAUGAUUUGGAUGAGUGUAAGGCCAAGGAGGCGGUGUGUGUGCACCCUGCUCUGUGCACCAACACUUAUGGAGGGUACAGGUGUGUGUGCAAUGGCACAACUGAUGUGGAUGAAGCCCAGUCCUGUGUACUAACAGAUCGAGAAACAUCGAGCAACACAGACCUGGACCUUAUUCUUGGCCUAGUUCUGGGUAUCGGCAUUCCUCUGCUGCUCCUUCUGGCUGCACUUGCUUGUUUCUGUUGCUCUAAGAAGACUGUUAGUGGAGAUCUGCCUCACCUGUUAACAGACAACGUACAAGAAGCACACAAUCCUCCACCCUUCAACUACUCGGACCCUGCUCUGCAUUACAUGACCCACUGCAGCCCCCGCAUCAUAGACAACAUCACACCCCGGCAACGCCACACAUAACCCACGCCGAAUCUACACCUGCACAUGGAUGUAAAGUAUUUUUUUUCUAAAAAACACACACAUGCGCACGGAAAUCCAUGUUCUACAGGGACAAGAUCAAUGACUGUUAUUUAUAAGAUGAGAAACAGUAAACCAUGAUGACUUUU